AUGAUUCAUAUGGAACGCUGUGUUGCCGAUUCACUAGAAAAAGGCUGGCCUUCGGAUCCAACUUCAAUCGUCAUUCAGCCAGUAAAAGAACAUGAUUCUGUUUGGAUUCCGGAUGGCGAAGCAGCUCGUUGUAUGACUUGUGGUAGCACACAAUUUAAUUUGUACAAAGAAGAGUGA